AUGGGCCCAACCCAGUCCCGUCCGACCGAACCGCCCUCACAAACUUCACAGCCAACCAAGAAAGAGUCACGAUUGGGACCUUGGCGCUCUGCCCGUCAAAGUAUCAGAAGCUCCCUUGGCUAUGACGCAUCAUGCAUGGCAGAAGAUACUACACUCAAUGACAUCUUCACAAAGAUACAAGAAGAUGACAUACUCCCGCAAAUUCCAAUCGGCCGUGACCAUCCAGUGCCUAGGAAGGGGGUGGAGGAUGACGACAUGAGGACCUUACAUACAAACAAGUUCUAUGCCAAUACGUUUCUUGGAAAGCAGAACCAGCCAAUAUGGACGCAUCCAUACAGCCUUUGGUGGGGCAAAGGCCUUGCGCAGCCAGGCAUGGUUCAAACAUGGGGUAUGUGUGUGAGCCAUAUUGAGGAAACUGAUCUGGUAUUUGAACCUGGGGAGCCUGCCAACAGCUACGUCAAUCCACCACACAAACAACACAUUGUUCUCACGGCAGUCGAACUUGACGCUCGAACCACGCUCACUACCGAUACACACCUUCCCUUCUCUGUCAAUAUCAACCUUGGGUCCCGUUCAAUUCCGCAUGAGCCGAAGAUUACUUUUCCGGUUGUACAGGGAAUGAGCUUCGUCACGGCUGGAUAUAGAGACGCGACCCCGAUGCUUCACACGGGUCGCCGAGGUUUCGUGGACAUGACCGGGCCAAUACUACUAGGACGAACCGUCAAGUAUCGUCUCAACGACAAGAAUGGCCACCGCUGGGUUGUUUAUGUCAAUCCGGUAGUCGACAUUGACUAUGACGCGGCAAAUUUCCGAAUGCUUAACAAAAACACUUUACUCGGUCCGCCAAGCUUCAAGGGAACGAUUCAAGUAGCAAAGAACCCACUAGGAAAUGAAGGAGAAGUGAUGUACGACCGCGCGUGCGGUGCAUUCGUCUGCGAGGCCAAGCUCAGUGCUGUUGUCCAAGACAGCAAAGGCAGUUACACUUUCAAGUAUACCAAGAUUGGUCGCUCUCCAUUACUCAUGUUUGUUUUACCGCAUCACAUACAGUCUCUGGAUGCGGAUAUGCGAAAGCAAAUCACCAAUCUGCAGCUACGCACCUCAACUAAAGGCAUGGCAACAGCUGUGUGGGGUGACCGCCUGACUUUUGUCGAGCCCAGCAUGCCUAUUACCAUGCAUUUCGGACCGUGGAACCCUACGUUGGCCUUGAACGCCAAUGUACGCUACCCGCCCGAAGUGCUCGCCUUCAUCACGGCAGUGGCAGAGCGCGACCUGCGCCGUGCAAUGACGGAGCGCAUACCCCAAGAGACAAUGUACUACGCAGGUAAAGCAUUUGCCAAAUUUGCCACUAUCCUAUGGGUCAUCAAAGAUAUCCUUGGCCACGAUGCCAUUGCUACGGCUGGUUUAAACAAGAUCAAACUAGAGUUCUCCAAGUACGUCGAGAACCAACAAAGGUACGCGCUUUACUACGAUGACAGUUGGAAAGGCGUCGUCUCAUCGGCAGGAUUUACCGAUUCGUCGGCUGACUUUGGAAACACGUACUACAACGACCAUCACUUUCACUAUGCAUAUUUCAUCUACACGGCCGCGGUCAUUGGGUACCUGGAUCCAGAGUGGGUGUAUCAAGGUGACAACAAGGCAUGGACGAACAUGCUGGUCAAGGAUUUUGCGGAAAGUGACUACAGCAGCCGAGACUACCCAUUUUUUCGAGCGUUUGACUGGUGGCAUGGUCACAGCUGGGCAAAAGGCUUGUUCGAGAGUGCUCAUGGCAAAGAUAUGGAGAGCACUGGUGAAGACGCAUUCUCGAGCUUUGCGAUGAAGAUGUGGGGAAAAAUCAUUGGCGACGCAAACAUGGAGAGGAGAGGCAACCUGAUGCUGGCUAUUCAGGCACGGUCGUACAACACAUACAUUUACCUGCAGACGGGGAACCGGAACCAUCCGGUGCGCUAUGUGCAGAACAAGGUGUGCGGUAUCUUGUUUGAGAAUAAAGUAGAUCAUGCGAGUACGUAUGCGCGUCACAGCACCAUGUGUAUUUGCUGUAAGCUGUACUCCAGGAGAGUAGGAUGA